GCUGCGUGUGUGUGGCAGGCUGCGCCUGGCCUUUCAGGUCUCCGUGGGGCACUUCCAGCCUCAACCACCCAGGGAGUUCUGGCAGCAGGUGCUGCAACCCCUCCGACUGUCAGCUCUGGUGGCGGCAGCAGCAGCGGCGGGGGUGGGUUUGGCCUGGUGCACCCUUUACAGAGUCGCAUCAACGAUGUGA